GGCCGCGGGUAGUGACAGCCCCGUCCGGCGCCGCGGCCUCUCCGAGGCGAGCCAUGGAGCCCGGCGCGGCCCCCGACCUCCGCGACGUCGAGCAGAAGCUGGGGCGCAAAGUGCCCGAGAGCCUCGCGCGGCCGCUGCGCGGGGAAGAGCACCCGGGCCGCGCAGCCACCGCCGCCGAGCCCGCUCGCGGCCCCACUGCGGCCCCCGGCCGGCGCCGCGCCGCCGCCCUCGCGCGUCUGGAGACCAAACUUCGCCUCCUGAGGCAGGAGAUGAUUAAUCUCCGAGCCACUGAUGUGAAACUUAUGCGACAACUACUCAUCAUCAAUGAAAGUAUUGAAUCAAUCAAGUGGAUGAUUGAAGAGAAAGCCAUUGCCAGCAGAGGGAGCAGUUUGAGUGGCAGCCUGUGCAGCUUAUUGGAAAGUCAGGACACUUCCUUCCAUGGCAGUUGUAACAGUUUACAGGACUGUAGUGAUGGUCUAGAUGGAAUAUCAGUGGGAAGUUACUUGGACACUUUAGUUGAUGAUGUUCCUGGUCAUGAGACACCUUCUGAUGUAGACCAGUUCAGUGAUUCUUCUGUUAUGGAAGACUCACAGCCUGUCCAUAAGCAUCCCAAAAUUGAUUCAGAUGAGUACUACUGUUUUGGUUAAUAAAAGCAAGUUCCAGUGGGACAUACAUGCA